CAGGGGAUGGGGCAGCACUGCAAAUGGGUCACUGCCUUGUACUGGUGGGGGAUACUCCUGUAAAUAAACAUAGUCCCUCUGGGGGCUUCUGGUGAGGUUUAUUUACUGACUGUCUGUUGAGACUGUCUUCUUGCCCUCUGACUGAUCCAGGCAUACAUUUCUGGUGAGCACAGCUUUGCUUUUGAGGAGAUACCUGCUGUGCAUUUGCAUGUAAACUGGUGCCUGACAACUCUGCUUAAAAUCGCAAGUAUAAAAUGCAUCCAAAGACAAAGGCGGGUAUUGCUUACUGUACAGCUGGAUGCAGAUCCUCAAGCAGUCGUGUCCACAAAGAGAGGUAACAGGCUAUUUCACAUAGGUUCUUUGUAAGUGAGAACUGAAAUGUUAACACCGAAAUUAAAAUAACUACUUGGUGCUGCAUAGUACUUCCGCGCAGCAAACAGUUCAGCUGUUCUUGUGAAGGGGGCCGUGUCACAGAGGAAAAGGAAGGGUGGAAGCCUGCAUUUUCUUGCGGUACCUGUGAUGUAAGAAAAGCCCGUCUUCUUCAUUUAAAGGAGAUGAGGGAACAGGGUGUAUGUCAGUAGGACAAUUAGCGUUUCCAUCAAGUGCCAGUUGGCUCUGAAAUUAAUAGAAUACUGCUAGCCACCCCCCUUCCCACUCCUCCAUUUGGCUCUCGAUGCUUUUUUCAGGGUUUGCUGUGACUUUCUCUUGGCUUUGAUGCUUUUUGCUGAGGCGAUCACGUGAAGCCCUCUGGGAUCCCACUGCCACUGAAGUGACUGUAGGCUGCAGUGCUCUGGGUACCUCCUGUGCUCUGUGUUCCCUCCUGCAGAAGAAUUUCGCUGUGCUCAGACUUGGGUUAGGUAUGGAGGCAAGUAACGCUAGGGAUGAGCAGGGAGUGGGAAGCCUUGCAGGAUGCAGUUGCUGAACACCGUUGCACCUAGCUGUACAUCUCGUUUGCUUGCCUAUAGAGGCUUGACAGCCCAUGGGCAGCAGACCCACGUGAGCAGAGCUGAUGGGCCUGCCAGGCGCAGGCAGUUCUGUGCUGGAAGCAAAGCAAGCCGUGUGGCUGGGGUGGUGCAGAGCUGCUAAUGAACAAAGCGAGGAUUGGCUGUUAAACAGAGCAUGUGAAACUUGAAUAGCCUCCUCUUGCUGAGCCUAAUCUAAGAACCACAUGGAAUAAGAACUGAAGCAAGAUUUGGACAAAUUCCACCGUAUUGUUGCUGUGCUGGUUGCUGACACGGCCUUGUCACCACGCUUUGGGGUUUGCUAGCGGGUGGGUGAGUGCGAGUCCGAAACCCUGGCGGUGUCUGGCAGAGCUACCACCACCCUGGCGAGGCCUGCAGCACUUCCCAACCUGUCAGCCCAAGACAGCAGUUACCCCACCAAGAUGCCUCCUGCCAGUUUCAGUGCUGGUGGGUGUCUGAGAGUUCAUGCUGACUUUAAGAGAGGUGACAUUGCUAGGCAGGGGCAGCAGGCAUCCACUGCCUUCUGCUUCUCAGCACCAAGUCACUUCCUGACAGGGUACAGCGUGGUGGAACAGCUGGUCACCCUCUCAGCAUCAGGAUGGAGAUCCUUCUACUUAUUCUUCUGCUUAUUUUGCACUCUCCUUAUGUGGGUACAAGGUUGUGUCAGCUGUGGGACAAAGCUUCACUUGGGUCUUUCAAAGAAUUCUGCCAGAAGAGGCCUUGGUAGCUGUAAGGCCAAAGGAAGGCGCUUCUGAGGCUUAUUUUGUUGAAAUACUUUCUGUGUCUAGUAUCUAUCUUGAUCUUGUAGUGGAGGUGAGAGUUUUGGUGACAUGUUCAGCUCAUAAUGGCUGUAAGGACUUCCUAUGAGUUUCAAGUUGAAGAAGUACUGGAGGUAAAAGUAACGAGGGUAUCUUAACAGUCAUGAAACAAAUCUGUUUGCAGAUGCAUGUGGCUAAUGUGGCUUAAGAAAACAUCUGUGUUACCUUGCUGGAUUUUUCACUACCUUAGGAUUUGAGAAGAGCAAGCAGAUGGAGCUUGCUAACAGCAUUACACAAGCAAGCUCCUGUCUCACCCCCACCUGGAGCACAGAUCAUUUAAAAAACACAACCUGUGCUGAGGUUCAGUCUGUAGGUUACUGUUGGAAGCAAAGUAACUGUUGCUACAGACUUGAAAGACAGAAGUAAAUGACCUUAAAUGCUGAGGGUUACCAAAGUUCCCCUGGCUCCAUGCUUUUCCACUUUUGCUGCUAAAGAAAAGAUUGCCGAUGAGUGGAGGUGCGUAGUCCUGCCGAGUUAAUGUAGAGCAGCUCUUGUAUUGCAGAGUCGGUGUGCCAUCUCAUGAGAAACAAUUUCCUUCAGUGAGGGAUAGGAAAAUAAAUACAUAUUUUCAUAGAUUUAUAUAAAGUUGUUUUUCUUUUCAGUUGCUCUUGCGGACUGCAUAGUUUGUUGCUAUGAAUUCUUGAAUUCUUAGCUGCUCUUAGAUUUAAUUUUGACUUCACAUUUGGUCUUUUGCCUCGGGAUUUUUUCCACUUUGUUUUAAGCUGUCCUCCUGUUGGUAGGACAUUUAUGCGUGUUCAAGUAGCCUCUAUUUAUUUAUUUUGAUUGUGCUUGCAGAGAUUGUUUGGAACCUCAGUUUUGGCAAAUGGCAAACAGAAAGCUUAUUUUUCUUUCAAUGAAAAACACGGUGAGGUAUUUUAAUUCGUUUCACCGAUCGUCUCUAUUUCCAGUUGGAUUGCUUGGAAUAAGGAAUUGAAGAGAGGCUGUGGCUGUGCUGACAGACUCACAGCACUCGUUGAACUCUCGGUGGAGGUGGUAGAACGCGUUCCGGCAGGAUUGCACAAGGAGAAAAUUCAGAUCCAAGUAAAGACAGUCACAGUUCUCCGUGUGUGUUUUCUUGCUAGUAUAUCUACUGGACAUACUGAUGGACCUUAACAUAACACAUCUGUACAUGUACUAUCGGUUACGUUUUAAACCCUCAUAACGUACCAUUAAGCAAUCACCGUAUUGUUUUUUAUCUUCACCUCGAAGUACUCCGUAAGUCAAUUUGUGUCUUCGUGGGUACUGGCUGUACUUUCCCUUCUCCUUAGGGAGAUGAGACUGUUGUCUGACACUCGUAUGAAAACGGACUGAGCUUAUUACAGAGCAGCAGCCUUCCUUUAUACACUUUGCAACCACUUAUUCCUGUUUACAAAAUACAUAGAUUAAAAAUGGCUCUGCUUUCCAGCUUGUGAUCCAACUUUCCAGUGUUAAAGAACGUGUGCCUGUGCGUAUAUAUACACACACAUACACACGUACACCCUGGGCUUGUCAGCCAGCAAGGUUUUGAAUUCUGGUGUGGGAUCACCAUCUGGAAGUGGACAGUAAGUUGUUCCUGUGCAGAGGAAGGAGGAAUGAUUCAGGGCUGUCUGCUGGAUAGUUUUCAGGAUGCUUUGGCAGUUUGACUCAUGUAUACACAGAGACUGAAAAUCACAAAGAAUGUCACUCUGCUGGAGGCCAGGGUUUUGAGUUGUACCAAUGCAGCCAUGAAUGUAGGGCAGCAAGGAGAUGAAGUUACAGCUCUCUUCUACUUACUUCUCAAUUUCAGCCCUUAUAACAUAUAGACAACUUAUUUAUGCAUUGAGUUAUGAAAGAAUAUAAAUGGAACAACAUUAUAGGAGCUAUCAUUUAAGAAAUGCAUCUUUUAAACUCUCCGGGGAGGGGCCCGGUCGUUAUUUUGGAACAGCACACGGCUCGAAGGGACUUUGACCUAUCUGGCUUCAAAGUCCUCCUGCAACACAGAUGCCAAAUAAUCUGGACAGCUUUAUGCAGUGUUUCUCUUUCCAGUGAACGUAAGUUAAUCCCUCUGCGUUACGUGGCGCAUUUACCUUCAGAGGAAGAGAUCUGACUUUAUUAAAAAUGAUACAGUUUGUAGGGGAUGUUGCCCAAAACAUCUCCUGAGUGUAAAAGCCUGCAGUGCAGUGCGGUGGCUUGACACUUCCUUCCUCAACAGACCACACUCUUCACAUCUGCCCUGCUGCUGCUACGUGAUGCCUUUUUUUGUUGUUGUUUUAGUUGAUAAUCUAUGCACUACGGUCUCAGAUCCAGAUUUUCUUUAUGCAGUAUUGGGGUCAUACUGUUAAAGCUACAUUUUUAGUGGAGAGCACGCUUUAGUAGCUUCAAAAGUUUCCCAAGGGAACUCUUCAGAAGAAAAGGAGUCAAGGGUUUUUUUGUCCCUCUUCAAAAGGACAGAAGCUGGGUGCACGUGUCCUGCUCGUAUCACAGCCCUACUAACUGAGCUUCAGCAAAGGCCUCGCUGAACUCACCCACAGCUCAGGCUGACCCGAACCUGUGCUGCUUCCGUCCCACUUUCUCCUUUUGAUGAUGCCGGUGCUCAUCCAGCUUCGGGGUUAAAUGAUGCAAGGAACUUGGUCUCGCUCCCUGAAGGCCGAGCAAAAAUAGAUGAGGAUUUUUUGGUACUGGUUUAGUUCCAGGACAAGCAGAGAGGGAGAUGGGAACCAGAGGAGCUGGGAACCCAGGCAGAAUUCAUUUUUGCUUCAAAAAAACACACGCAGUGGCUUUCAAGUCUAGCUUCACGUUGCUAUUAUGCCGAAGAAACGAGUGCAUUUGAUUUAGGUUUGUUUUCCCCUUUCUGUAACUGUGGAAAUCACAUUGAUCCUCGUUUGACUCACAACUAUUUCAAAAUAACAUUACAGUGACUAACAUCUGAAAAAUGUGCAUGGCAUUUGACUCGCAGUUCAGCGGUCAUUUCAUUGGAGGGCCUCCGACUGCCACAAAUUGCCUUAAAUUGGCAGAGCUCUUCUCAUAACAAGCGAUAUUUCAACAUAAUUGAAUUGGGUUCCCUUCCCGAGAGGAAGCAGUACUCCCGAAGCUUUCUGGAGAUGUCACCCCAUCAGCGGUCACCUCCUGGCCCACGGGCAGAUAUGGUUGCUCAUGGGGUGACUCAGCCAGCCUUGCCGUGAGGGCCCUGGCGUGUUUGUUCGGCUUCUGCCUGGUGUAGAGGAGUGGAGCUGCGGGAGUACUUUAGGGAGCUUAUAAACAGGAGGGAAACUGACUUUUUACUUGGGUAGAUAGUGAUAGGACAAGGGAAAAUGGUUUUUAACUGAAAGAGGGGAGAUUCAGGUUAGAUGUUAGGAGGAAAACUCCUUACACAGAGGAUGGUGAGGCACUGGCACAGGCUGCCCAGAGAAUCUAUGGAUGUCCAUUCCCUGGAUAUACUCAAGCCAGGCUGGAAGGGGCCCUGGGCGGCCCCAUGCGGUGGGUGGCAGCUCUGCCCGCAGUGGUGGAGUUGGAACUGGAUGGGCUUUGAGGUCCCUUCCAACUCAAGCCAUUCUGCAAUUCUGUGACCCAGCAGUGAGGCUGCCAACCCUGCUCUGCUCUGCAGCAGGGCUGCUCGGCAGCUGGGGCAGCCCCUGAGCCGCUUGCAGGCCGUGAUUCAAUGCUUAUGAUGGCAAGGUCCCACAGCUGGACCCAGCCUGCCCAAGCUGCCGGCCAUCUGUGUCUGGCUAGCGAUGAAACAGCAAGCAAACAAUUCAUUCAAUACAAAUCAUUCCCUGCUUGCCUUUUUAACUGGCAAGGUGCCCUGAAACUCAUAGGAAGCAGCCGCGUCCAAACCUUUGGCCAGCAGCGUGCAGCAGGGUGGGUGGGUGUAUUCCAUGUGCAGAUACUGAGAUUUCAAUCUCGCCGGGUCUGCUUUUGCUAUAACAUUAUGCUGAGGCAAAUGGGAAUGCGAAGGCCAGGUAAGCACGGCCCAUUCACCCAAGUGCUGUUCAGAAGCAAAGUUUGUGAUGCUGCAGCUGUCUCAGGGCCAGAUGUGAGAGAAGUAGGGUUUGGUUUCAGAGACGGCAGAUUAAGAAGCAGGAUGAGGACCCGUCCUGGUUCAAUUCAAAUGUUUGAUGAUUAAGACUUAAAGUUCCCCAAAGCUCUCUCCUACCAUAAGCCCUUAAUCCUUUGUUGGUAUUCCACUUGAUUUUCACCGCAUAGCCUUUCAGUUCCCCCCCUUAUAAUCCACACUGUGCCUUACGGAUGAAAUACAUGCUGCCAGGUAAUGAAAUCUCAUUUUCUGUUAAAGGAUCAUUGCGGGUAAUCCUGUGACAGUGACAGGACAGCGUUACCCGCUGCAAAACCAGCUGGCUGCUUUUUGGCGUGGAUGGAUUUGCUCUCUUUGUGCAGUGCCCGAAUUGUUUAGGGCCGUGGUCCUGCUCUGUGCAUAUAUCCUGUAAAAUCCCUUUGUGAGGCCGGGGGGCUUCUGCACGUCCAUGUGUUUAACAGUGAAAAUAAAUCCUGUGAAAAUGAGAACUGGAAAUUUAGGGCUACCAAAGCACAGCCUGUACCUGCAGCUGUGUUGGGCAGUGCUGCUCCUGAUUUGGGGGUUUAAGCCUUUCGGGUCUGAUCCUGAUCUGUUUCAUUCAUCUCCUCAAACUGCAUUGCUACAGCUGAGCAGUGUGAGCAAAGAAUCCUCUUACGCCACAGCUCUCGUUGCCAUCUGACUUCACCUGUAAAUAGCAAGCUGCUAUGAUUAGCACUGUGCCUUGAGUCUGUCCCUGGAAACAGACAGUCUGGAUUCAGCAUGGAUGGGUUUCCCUUGCAUGGUCACUGGGGAGCAAAGACAUGGGCCUUUAAGUGGGACCGCCCAAGAAGGGCAGCUCUUCUGUCUCUGUGGAGUGCCAGAGAUCUCUAUUGGUUGGAAAAACAGCAGUGUUUUAAGUUCAGCUCACAGGGCAGAUGUGUGGUUUCCAAAGAACAGAAUGGUUGGGUUGGAAGGGACCUGACAGCCCACCCAGCCCCUACACCGUGCCGGCAGGGCUGCCCCCCAGCUCAGCUGCCCAGGGCACCGUCCCGCCUGGCCUGGAGUGCCUCCGGGGAUGGGGCACCCACCACUUCUCUGGGCAGCUGUGCCACUGCCUCACCACCCUGAGAAAAGGAUUUCCUCCUAACACCUAACCUGAGCCUGCCCUCUGUUAGUUUAAAACCAUUCCGCCUUGUUCUAUCACUAUCUGCCUGUGUAAAAAGUCAGUCUCCUUCCUGUUUAUAAGCUCAGAUUUUUGCGUUUGGGCAGUUGGAUGAGCUGAAAAAACCUUGGAUGAGUUUCCUCAAAUUCUUCUUAGGUUUCUGUCUUGUGAGUUCAGCAAACCAAACCAGUUAUAGUUAUUUUAAGUUAUUCACAGCUAUCGGAACCCAUUGUAAAAGAGACGUGUAUGAGGAAAAAAAUGCAUUGUGGAGACCAGCUGCUUUGGAUUUGUGUAAGAUUGAGGUUUGUGUAUUCUGUGUGCCUGGGGAGGAAGAGCAGGGGGUGAGAAGACCGGUGAAGACAGAAUUCAGCUAAUCUUGUGCUUUUAAACCAAACAACUCCUCUCCCCCUAAGAAUUCUUAGCACAAUGGUCUGAUGAGGUAUGGAAGGGAACCUCUCUGUGUCAUCCAUAAAGUGCACAGCUUUUGAGUUCUGCCAAGAAGCUGGAAGACUAACAGUGAUGCCAAAGGAAAAAUAUGAUCCUCCCGAUCCUCGCCGAAUUUACACCAUCAUGUCAGCAGAAGAGGUAGCCAACGGGAAGAAGUCUCACUGGGCUGAAUUAGAGAUCUCGGGUAGAGUGCGGAGCUUAAGUACGUCGCUUUGGUCACUGACGCACUUGACUGCUCUACACCUCAAUGACAAUAAUCUUACUCGCAUUCCACCUGAUAUUGCCAAGCUUCAUAAUCUGGUUUACCUGGAUCUGUCAUCCAACAAACUCAGAAGUUUACCAGCAGAACUAGGAAACAUGGUGUCUCUCAGGGAAUUGCUUUUAAAUAACAAUCUAUUACGGGUUUUGCCUUAUGAACUUGGACGGCUCUUCCAGCUACAAACCCUAGGUUUGAAAGGCAAUCCUUUAUCACAAGAUAUUCUCAGCCUCUACCAAGAUCCAGAUGGAACACGAAAGCUACUGAACUACAUGCUUGACAAUCUAGCAGUUCAUCCAGAGCAGCUGCCUCCAAGGCCAUGGAUUACUUUGAAAGAACGAGACCAAAUUCUGCCCUCAGCUUCAUUCACGGUUAUGUGUUACAAUGUGUUGUGUGAUAAAUAUGCCACCAGGCAGCUCUAUGGCUACUGCCCUUCUUGGGCGCUGAAUUGGGAGUACAGAAAAAAGGGAAUCAUGGAAGAAAUUGUCAACUGCGAUGCAGAUAUCAUUAGUCUACAGGAAGUGGAAACGGAGCAAUACUUCACUCUUUUUCUGCCAGCCUUGAAAGAACGAGGAUACGAUGGAUUCUUUUCUCCAAAGUCACGUGCCAAAAUCAUGUCUGAGCAGGAGAAAAAACAUGUAGAUGGCUGUGCAAUAUUCUUCAAAACUGAAAAAUUUUCACUGGUGCAGAAGCAUACAGUGGAGUUCAACCAGGUGGCAAUGGCUAACUCUGAAGGUUCAGAAGCUAUGUUAAAUAGAGUGAUGACGAAAGACAACAUCGGAGUUGCUGUGGUGUUAGAAGUGCACAAAGAAUUAUUUGGAGCAAGUAUUAAAUCUCUUCAUGUGGACAAACAGCUGCUCAUUGUGGCCAAUGCCCACAUGCACUGGGACCCCGAAUACUCAGAUGUGAAACUCAUUCAGACUAUGAUGUUUGUCUCAGAACUGAAAAAUAUCCUUGAGAAAGCCUCAAGCAGGCCUGGUAGCCCAACAGCAGAUCCUAAUUCUAUUCCCCUGGUGCUUUGUGCGGAUCUUAACUCACUGCCUGAUUCAGGUGUAGUGGAAUACUUAAGCAACGGCAUAGUAGCUGACAACCACAAGGACUUCAAGGAGUUGCGUUACAACGAGUGUCUCAUGAACUUCAGCGGCAGUGGAAAGAACGGGGCUUCUGAAGGAAGAAUUACGCAUGGCUUCCAACUCAAGAGCGCCUAUGAAAACAACUUGAUGCCUUACACCAAUUACACUUUUGAUUUCAAAGGUGUGAUUGACUACAUUUUCUAUUCCAACACUCACAUGAACGUGCUUGGUGUCCUGGGGCCUUUGGACCCUCAGUGGCUGGUUGAGAACAACAUCACUGGGUGUCCACACCCUCACAUCCCUUCAGACCACUUCUCACUGUUAACACAACUCGAACUCCAUCCUCCGCUCCUGCCUCUUGUCAACGGUGUGCACUUGCCUAACAGGAGGAAAUUAUCCAUAGGAAAAAUCGAUUGGACCCAGAGUAGAAGUAUUCCCUGACUUCUGCUGAGGGGGACGGGAGAGGAGUGGGACAGAAUGCAAAGAUGAGUUCAGUGAAAUGACAGCUCCCUUUAAAAGAAGUGCCUAAAACUGGAGACGUCAUCUGUUGUCUGAUACAAAUUGGAAAUUGCCGUAGCUGGGUGAAAUUGACAGAUGUAAAUUGCUUUGUGCGGCACCAAAAAAGCCCUUUCUAAAGAAGAAUUUUCCUCUAGGUGCAGGUAUCUCCUUUUUAAUAUACCUCAGCGUUCAACGCCUAGCCAUGCGGAUAAAUUGAGACAGCAAUUGAGCAUAGUACUGGAAAGUAGAAUAGCAUGAAAAACUUAAUUUUGUGGACAUUACCUUUCUGUAAUCAGCUACUGUAUCUCUUCUGGAGGGGUUCUCUGCUCUGGAGGUGUGCACUAACAACCAUUCUCCUCCUGUCCUACACGCAUGUUAACUAGCAACGUGAGCAAUAGUUCCACCAUACUUCACUCCCAAUAUUUUUUGAGAUGUUUGUAUAAAAUGGAAUUUAAAGUUCACCUACGAUUGUAUAUGAACUGCAGAGGAGCCCGUUUAUUAAUAAAAAUUAAAAACGGCAACAAUCUUUUGUAAUAUCGGGGCGGGGGGUGGGAGUUGAAACAAAAGCACCUGGUAAACAUUGUAAACAGCUACGUUGUACUUUCAUUGGGUUUGUAACUGACUGAAGUGUUCCGUUGCAGGAAGGUGUUUAAUUGGAUUUUCUCUGCUUCCAAAUGCACUUCAGAACGUCCAUUAUGCCGUGUGAUUUUUAAAACGCUGUUUCAGCAGAUGUUGCACAAAACCUCUGGAUUUUAAAAAAUCUCUUUAGAACUCUGUUUUUGUUUCGGUCGAUGCACAUAACCGGGGGCAUGUUUACCCGCCUCGCACAUGUCUGGCUCCCUCCCUCUUUUCCUCUGGUUUCUCCCCCUUUCCUACAAAAGGAGCAGUAAGGGGUUGUGCUUUUUUCCAGCCGAGCAGAACUGCUGCUGUUCGUAGAGCUCUGCCCUGAGACAAGAAGGAGCGCGGAGCCAUCAGCCGCCAGCCACGUGUGCGGGAUGAGAUCUGUUUCAUGGCCAUCUGCAGCACCCAGAUGGUGACACUCAUUUUCUUUUGACCCAGAUGGAGGCUGACAGUGCCUCGCAGGGUAUGUUCUAGGGGAGAGGGAGGGAAGUGAUAGAGAGUAAAUGUCCCUAACCGUAAAUGCAUUCAUGGGAAACCAGUGGUUCUCUCCAUCGCCGACCCUUGUUUCCCAUGCUUAGGCACUGGGCACAUCGCAGUGCCUGCACCACCCGUGCUUAGGAAAAAGCCCUCAGCCCCUUCCUGCUCCUUGCUUUCUUGGUUGGGUUUCAAUGAUAUCGUGCCUGGUGUCAACUUCUAAGCAGCAGCACUGCCUAAAGCAAGCAGAGAAAAAAAAUCCAGCACCAUUCUACAAGCAACUUUUUAAAAUUCAAUAUGGUAAAUCUGUUAGAUAUGGGGUUUUGUGUGUAUAUAUAUACAUAUAUAUAUAUAUAAAAGAGAAUUUUGUACAUUGUAGCCGAAUAUUUUGGUUUCCUUAUUUUGAUGUAAGGGGCGUGAACAUUUGCCUACCAUACGCUGAAGUCAGGUUUGGCACAGUGGGCUCCGAGAGCAGCUCUUCUUCCCAUUGUCCUUUUUAAAAGCUUUUCCCAUCUGUUUCUCCCACCUAUAUUCAGAAAAUACUUCAUUUUAUCCAUAAGCUUUCUAUGUGUGUUUGAAGGCACUCUCUUUAGUCUGCAGAACCCUUCAGAAAGGUUCUUGUCGGUCUCAACCCCUUGCUGUCCUGUGUUUUACCAACUAUAGAGCCCAGAGUUUUGGAGCCAAACCUGUUGAGAAGCCUUUGCCACUGACCUUUCAGAACCAUUCCGUGGUCUUCAGAGCUGUGGCAGUGCUGUGGACCACUGGGGCCUCCCAUGUUGCAGCUUUGCUAUGGGGACUCCUAAACUCAUGCCCAGUCCAUGCUUAUGCACUUGGAGCCCAUGACCUGGUUUACAAAGGUGCUGAGCACUUGCAGCUCCCAAAUCCCAAAUACAGGGCUGGAUUUCUCAUGGUGCAUCAGCGUGGCUUUUGAGGGCCGGCUUUCCUCACCUCGCUUGGGUUUGAAGUGCAAGGAAGCAUUGGAGAUGUGGAAAGUUCACAUCACUUGUUCUCUAGGAGGUGGCUAAAAGCCCUUCAGAGGUUCCUAGAGCACAAGCAUGGUAGUGAUGCCUUCCUGGUAGGAGCAGGGCUGACAGUCCUUCGUGUCAAAGACCAGAUUUAAGCUCAGUCGUGCACUCUUCAUUUUUCACAAUGCGUUUUAAGCUUCUCGCAUCAAAACUUUCCCUUGGCAUGAAAUUUGGCGUAGUGGGGUGGUGUGAAAGAUUUUUUUAAUCCUAUCCACACCAAGUCAAUAUCCUGCAAGAGAAAGAACACAAAAGUGCGAUGUGCACCCUUACCUGGGUGUGAGAGGGAACAGCAGUUGUCACCCCCUGGUGACCUCAGCUUUGUGCUUAAUUACCAUUUGCCUGUUCUUGGCUGCUAUGCAUUUCUUAACGGACGUUUUUCUUGUAAUGAUAAUGAAGACCAAAGGCCAAAAUUGAACAUAAGGAAUGAUGCUUUCCCUGUCGCACCUCUUCAACAGGCACUCCUUGCAGCCUCUCAAGACGAUAGCAAAGUGUUGGAAUGAGAAGUGUCUCUCUGUUUUACAUCAGCUUGUUGUUCUUUUGCAACAGAUCCAGGGUUUUUUGGUUUUUGUUUUUUGUUUUUUUGUAAUAAUCACAGAAUCCCUUUCCUCACUUCAUGCCAAUAUAGCAGAUGGCGUUGCAUGUAGGUGGAUUUGAAGGGCGCAGACUUCAGAGCCUGCCGUGUGCUCUGUUACUGCUAAUUGACAGGGGAAGGGAAAGGAGAAGGAAGGUAGAAGGAAGGGAAUGGAAAAGGGAUGGGAAUCUGCUAAAGCUCUCAUUGACUUCAGAAGGGGGAAGAUUCUGACUGCUAGAUUUCCCAUGCCUCAAAAGGAGCCGAACUGCUUGGUUGCAGAAGGUUUUAUGCAGACUAGAGGCUGGAAAACAAAUGCACACUAAGUGCAGAGAGGUUUGGGUUUUUCUGAGAUACGUUCUUAUUAACUGAAUCUCUUCAUCUCAUAAUGAGGAAAGGCAUCUUGGAUUAUGCAGCUCAUCUUUUCUUUUGUAAUGAGUACAGAGGUAUUUUAGCACACCCUCCCUUUAUCUCCCUUCAGUAUUCAAAAGCAGCAUAAAACCCAAGAAAACCUGAUGAAAACCACUCAUUUCCUACAUCUCUAAUCCAAGUGUCAGCCCAGAAAGCACUUAAAGGUUAAAAACCAAUUUCAAAGGAGAUUAUGAAGCUUUAGAUAUAGGCACAGCCAGAAGUGACACAGUACCUCCUCUCGUGACAACAUUUGCACCGAUACCGAGCACAGGUUUUCUGUUCUGAGAAAUGGAGCUGGAACAAAAGGCAGAGCUGGUGAGACAGACACAGGUGUGACACAUGCAGAAAAGUGACAAAAUUGCACCAUCAGGAAAGUGACAAAACUAGCACCUUUUAAGGACUCGAGAAAAGUCAUUUGAUUCUAUGAUGGGUAUUCAGACGUGACAAAGUUUGCAGGUUUGGCUAUAUUGGAGGGUGAUGGACUUCAGGAGUAGUUUCUUGAGAUAUGUCUGAAAAUAAACAGGAAGCUAGAGAAAUGCUCGUGCACUUUGGUACAGGGUUUUUCAAACAUCAUUGAUGGCAAAGCAUGCCAAGUGAUAUGACUCCUUUCCCCCAGACCUGCAAUAAUACAAGGUAUUUAGCUUAGAAAACCUCUCACUGGUGAGGGUGAGGGUUGGAGUGAUUCUGGUACUUGGUCGUGUCCUCUUUGUUGAACAGUUUCUAAAACUUAGGCAUUUACCAAGUUUGCGUUUGUCUGUAUUUGUCUUUGUUCCAAAGCAAAAAGGAAAUCAUGGUGGCUCUCUUUACAAGUGACAUGUUACAUGACUUUGGCUUUGUUUUCAAUUUUUAAUUAUUGCAUCAUGUGUUUCCUUUCCGAGCAAUUAAAGUGUUUGUGUGCACCACGUUA